GUCCCGGUUCACACAGGUCUCCGGUCCCGCACCGUGGAAACGAGGAGUCGAGCGGAACCCGAUCCACGGAGAGGAGGUGCCGGUGCAUGGGAAUCUCCUCACCCCUCCUCGCCCCCCCUCACCCCUCCUCCUGCGCGCCUCGCUCGCUGGACACGUAUAAGAGCUCCCUGCGUCUCCAUUACCAGUCCCCACUACUGGCGUACCUCUACUCCUCCUCCUCCUCCUCCGCCUCCUCCUCCUCCUCCCUCCUCCUCCUCCUCUGCUCUCUCACUUCUCCAGUGGAGCUGUGGAGCAGUAGUGCCGCUCUUACGCCUCCGGACUGUGGACACUCUGGACACGAAGAUUGAAGAUCCUCAUUAGUCGUCAGCUCACGGUUCUGGUCCGGACGUCACCAUGGGCCGCUGGGAUCGCUCCCCCCUGUCCCCCGCCCCGAGGCUAGCCCUCCUCACUGUGAUGCUCCUCCUCAAACUCCAGCUCUCGUUGGCUGGCGCUCCGCCGGAGUCCAGCUUGGACGGCUCGGUCUCGGCAGUGUCCACCAACAAGACGGAGUGCUCGAAGCCCGAGGCGUGCACGAGGGGCGUGGUGCUGCCCAUCUGGGAGCCCAUGAACCCGUCGUUCGGAGACAAGGUGGCUCGGGCGACAGUUUACUUCGUGGCCCUGGCCUACAUGUUCCUGGGCGUGUCCAUCAUCGCUGACCGCUUCAUGGCGUCCAUAGAGGUCAUCACGUCACAGGAGAAGGAGAUCACCAUCAAGAAACCCAACGGGGAAACCACCACCACCACGGUUCGAAUCUGGAACGAGACGGUGUCCAACCUCACCCUCAUGGCUCUGGGCUCCUCGGCUCCGGAGAUCCUGCUCUCCGUCAUAGAGGUCAUGGGUCACGGGUUCCAGGCGGGCACCCUGGGCCCCUCCACCAUCGUGGGCUCCGCGGCGUUCAACAUGUUCGUGAUCAUCGGGCUGUGUGUGUACGUGGUGCCGGACGGGGAGACCAGGAAGGUCAAGCACCUCCGGGUCUUCUUCGUCACGGCCUCCUGGAGCAUCUUCGCCUACAUCUGGCUCUACCUGAUCCUGUGUGUGAUCUCGCCGGGCGUGGUGCAGGUGUGGGAGGGGCUGCUCACCUUCAUGUUCUUCCCCAUCUGCGUGGUCUUUGCCUGGGUGGCCGACCGCCGCCUGCUGUUCUACAAGUACGUGUACAAGCGCUACCGCACCGGGAAGCAGCGUGGGAUGAUCAUCGAGACCGAGGGCGACCGGCCACUCCCCUCCAAGGUGGACAUCGAGAUGGACGGGAAGAUGCUGAACUCUCAUGGCGUGGACUUCCUGGACGGUUCCCUGGGUUUGGACCUGGACGAGAAGGACCUGGACGAGGAUGAGACCCGCAGAGACAUGGCCAAGAUCCUGAAGGAGCUCAAGCAGAAGCACCCUGACAAAGAGGUGGAACAACUCAUUGAGCUCGCCAACUACCAGGUCCUGAGCCAGCAGCAGAAGAGUCGAGCUUUCUAUCGCUGCCAGGCCACUCGGCUGAUGACCGGCGCCGGCAACAUCCUGAAGAAGCACGCCGCCGAUCAGGCCCGCAAGGCGGUCAGCAUGCACGAGGUCCGCUCCGAUGUCGGUGACAACGACCCCAUCUCGAAGAUCUUCUUUGAGCCCGGCUCCUACCAGUGCCUCGAGAACUGUGGCACCGUGGCCGUCAACGUGAUGCGGCGGGGGGGCGACCUGAGCAAAACGAUCAGCGUGGAGUACCGGACAGAAGACGGGACGGCCAACGCCGGCUCGGACUACGAGUUCACCGAGGGCGUGGUGGUGUUCAAGGCCGGCGAGACGCUGAAGGAGAUCCGCGUGGGGGUCAUCGAUGACGACAUCUUCGAGGAGGACGAGAACUUCCUGAUCCACCUGUCCAACGUCAGGGUGUUGACCUCCGAAGGCGAGGAGCCCGAUGAAGGCGAGGCAGCGAACCACGUGGACUCGGUGGCCUGUCUCGGCUUGCCCGCCACGGCCACCGUCACCAUCUUCGAUGACGACCACGCCGGUAUCUUCACGUUCGAGGAGCCUGUUUGCCACGUGAGCGAGAGCGUGGGCACCAUGGAGGUGAAGGUGCUGAGGACGUCGGGGGCUCGCGGCGUGGUCACGCUGCCGUACAAGACGGUGGAGGGAACCGCCCGAGGCAGCGGCGAGGACUUCGAGGACUCGCACGGCGUCUUGGAGUUUCAGAACGACGAGAUCUUGAAGACCCUAAGCGUUAGGAUCUUAGACCGGGAGGUGUACAAUAAGCAGUCCUCCUUCUACGUUCUGCUCGAAACCCCCCAAUGGAGACGCAGCAGGAAGGAGCAGACAGAAGACCAGCCGAAGGAAGAGGAGGAGGAGGAGGAAGCGCUGACAGGGAAAGACGAUGAAGAGCGGCGUAUCGCUGAGAUGGGCCGGCCCAUGCUGGGAGACCACGUCAAGCUGGAGAUCAUCAUCGAGGAGUCGUACGAGUUCAAGAACACCGUGGACAAGCUGAUCAAGAAGACCAACCUGGCUCUGCUGGUGGGAACCAACAGCUGGAGAGACCAGUUCAUAGAGGCCAUCACUGUGAGCGCAGGUGAGGACGAUGACGACGACGAGUGCGGCGAGGAGAAGCUGCCGUCCUGUUUCGACUACGUCAUGCACUUCCUCACCGUGUUCUGGAAGGUUCUGUUCGCCUUCGUGCCGCCCACAGACUACUGGAACGGCUGGGCCUGCUUCGUCGUGUCCAUCUGCAUGAUCGGCCUGCUCACCGGCCUCAUCGGGGACCUCGCCUCCUCUUUCGGCUGCACCGUCGGCCUGAAGGACUCCGUCACGGCCGUGGUCUUCGUUGCUUUGGGAACCUCUGUUCCAGAUACCUUUGCCAGUAAGGUGGCUGCCAUCCAGGACCAGUAUGCAGACGCCUCCAUCGGUAAUGUGACGGGCUCGAAUGCUGUCAAUGUGUUCCUGGGCAUCGGGGUGGCGUGGUCCAUCGCAGCCAUCUACCACCAAAGCAAUGGGGACGAGUUCAGGGUGGACCCCGGCACGCUGGCCUUCUCCGUCACCCUCUUCACCAUCUUUGCCUUUGUCGCCGUCGGCACCCUGAUGUACCGACGGAGGCCGGAGAUCGGUGGCGAGCUGGGCGGGCCCCGGACAGCGAAGGUCCUGACCACCAUGCUGUUCUUCAGCCUGUGGCUCCUCUACAUCCUCUUCUCCUCGCUGGAGGCCUACUGUCACAUCACAGGCUUCUAAGACGACAAGGAGACGGUGGAGGGAAGGAGAGCAUGGAAGGAGAAGCCAAGGGGAGGUGGGUGAAGGGAUGGAUUUGCAAAUCAAGACUGUCUCAUAGAUCUAUCACUCCCCCCCUUUACGCAAUAGAUUGAAUGAGGGAUGAAUGGAUGUACAGAUGAAGGAAUGGAGGACGCAUUAAAGCAUCUUAAAGCAGAAUCUAAAGGAGUAAGGAGACGUUGAAGGAUGACAGCAGACAGGAGAACCUUGGGAUCAAGAGAAAUGGCUCAGAAGAUGGAACAAUUGUUGGUAAAUGAAUAAACUAAGGAAUACAUGUUUUGUCUCAACCUAUAAAUCCAAACCAAUCAAGCUGUCUUGAACCCGCCCCCGUUCCAGAGAUGAAUCCGCAAAGUCACAAACACAGAGAGAAACACACAGCUGGUUCAACGUGAUGAAAUCAAAGUCUUGAUAAAAUGAGGAGCGAGACCAUCGCAGCUGCGAGGAGGCGUGGCUUCAACAGCAGCGUUCACAUUCAUCCUCUGUCACAUCCCGCUGCAGCGAGAUGAGCCUGCAUCAGUGGGCACAUGCAUGACCAGACCAAACUGAACACACAAUCAGAAGAGGACGGACAUAUUGCCAUAACUGUUUAAUGACAACAAACUGUGAGCGUGCUGCUGUGUGACUGUGUGUGUCUGUGCUUGUGUGUCGUGGAAGAAGAUGCUGAAGUACUGUGAUGAAAAAAAUAACUCAUCGUUUCGCCGUCUCAGCAUGAGACGAGCUUCUCGUACUCGAGGAACUUAUUGACUCUCGCUGAAGAAACGCUGAGUAAUGCUUUGUGGGGGGGGGGGGGGGGGGGGCAUCACUAAGGUUAGAAAUGUAAAUAAGAGCUGGACCGCAGCUCCUCUACUUUCCAUCUGAAGGUCCUGGUUCCGCCCUGCGCUCCUGAAUGGGCCUUUUCUGUUGCUUUGUACUGUACAUGUGAUUUAAGGUCUAAUUUUAAUCGAGAAGGGGUUAGUGUGCUUUUACCUUUAAUGAGGCCGCGUCUGAGAAGACACAAAAUGGCCGCUCUACCGUUUAAAACUGUUAGAGAAGCUAUUAUCAUUGCAUAAAUAUCUAGGUUAAUAUUACGUGUGUUGUUUUUUAUGUUUUUUUAAACUGUGGAUUCCGUUACCUGGUUUUCCACCAAGGAGAUCGGCACCAUCCUCGUCGUCCAUCAUAACAUUGCAAUAGACUUCUUAACGUUAAGUCCCGCCCUCAGUGAAACGUCGUAGCCGCCUCUCGUCAUCGUUUCUCUCACGUUGAUGCCGAUUUUCUAUUGGUUCACUCGACAGCGUCGGUCAUUAUCCCAGUGUGUCUUAACCACCUCCCGCUGGCUGGUCAGUGGACCAAUCAAAAUCCUCAAGGGCUUUGUAAGAAACAACCACUGAUCCCUUUUCCCGAUCCCUGAUUCAUGAUUCUUCGUACAGAUCGACCCUCGCUGGGCGAUUUAACAGGGACUCGUAUUCCCCCGACCGUAUACAUCACUCGCUUCGUUGGUUGGAGUUUGCUUCGGUGUGGCUGUAAGAGAAAAAUCUACAAAAAACAAGACGAGAAAAUAAGUAAUACAGCCUCAUUUAGUGCAGACAUUAUCCAGAGUUACACAGAUCAGUUAUUGGUGGGAGAAUUUCCCAGUUGAUUACAAAGUCUGCUUAUAAAUCGCAAUAAGCCUUAUUCCAAAUUAAACCAUCCCCGCUAUGGUUUUCCCCAGGCGGCCUCCACGACCUUUAUAUACAGGCCUUGGAAACCAACCGAGUAUUGGCUUGUGCUGUGGAGGUAGUUUUACUAACCGCUAAGGGGCAAAUACCGUUGUCUUACAGUAGCCCACAGCAACAUAGGGUACAUCUAGUCUUUAUUUAUGUCUUUUUAUAAACUCAGAGGUUCAACAACCACUCGUACACUGAAAUCCUGGUACAAUCAUUUCAAUUGGCUGUUUGUUAGAGUACCCGCCCUCUGUGACCUGUCUUACGAAGUGAGUUCACCCACUGUACGUUGGGCUCUCGUGAUAUCUGACUCUUUAUCCAGAUUCUGUCAGGUUCAGAAGUAAAUAGAGCGGCUAUCCGUCCUAUCCCUUCAUUAACACACAUUGUCUGGAUACAGACCAAACAGCAGUACUACAGGAAACCAUGGGAGGGCGGUGUAGUCCAUAGUUCCAGCGAGACGUG